GCUGCCAGGCUGCAGGAGGGCCAAUCAGGAUCCAGCCUCCGUCUCAGUCCAUCCCCCAGCCAGGCUGCCAGGCUGCAGGAGGGCCAAUCAGGAUCCAGCCUCCGUCUCAGUCCAUCCCCCAGCCAGGCUGCCAGGCUGCAGGAGGGCCAAUCAGAUCCAGCCUCCGUCUCAGUCCAUCCCCCAGCCAGGCUGCCAGGCUGCAGGAGGGCCAAUCAGGAUCCAGCCUCCGUCUCAGUCCAUCCCCCAGCCAGGCUGCCAGGCUGCAGGAGGGCCAAUCAGGAUCCAGCCUCCGUCUCAGUCCAUCCCCCAGCCAGGCUGCCAGGCUGCAGGAGGGCCAAUCAGAUCCAGCCUCCGUCUCAGUCCAUCCCCAGCCAGGCUGCAGGAGGGCCAAUCAGGAUCCAGCCUCCGUCUCAGUCCAUCCCCAGCCAGGCUGCCAGGCUGCAGGAGGACCAAUCAGGAUCCAGCCUCCGUCUCAGUCCAUCCCCCAGCCAGGCUGCCAGGCUGCAGGAGGGCCAAUCAGGAUCCAGCCUCCGUCUCAGUCCAUCCCCCAGCCAGGCUGCCAGGCUGCAGGAGGGCCAAUCAGGAUCCAGCCUCCGUCUCAGUCCAUCCCCCAGCCAGGCUGCAGGAAACCCUCCUGUAGUGGUAGUAAUAGCGGCUCCUCCCCCAGCAUUAGCGGCUCCUCCCCCAGCGUUAGCAGCUCCUCCCCCAGCGUUAGCAGCUCCUCCCCCAGCGUUAGCGGCUCCUCCCCCAGCGUUAGCAGCUCCUCCCCCAGCGUUAGCAGCUCCUCCCCCAGCGUUAGCAGCUCCUCCCCCAGCGUUAGCGGCUCCUCCCCCAGCGUUAGCAGCUCCUCCCCCAGCGUUGUGAUGGCGUUGGGUCCCUGCUGA